UCAAAAGAAAAGAAGAAGAAGGAAAGGAGACGAAGAAGAAGAAGUGUCACCGCUGGGACAAAAACAGUUCAAUUCAGCCUCCAGGGCAUUAUUAGAAAACCCUCUGCUGACUGAGUGAAGAUUUUAAUUUGAUAAUUAAAAACACGUAGAGUCUGAAAAGCUAAUACAGAAGGGCCUCGUCUCAGCGCGUGUCCACCUUCUACUGGUGUGAGAUAGCUUAGCCUGUUAGCUUCACUGGACACCCACUCAGCCGUGUCCUUGUUUGCGGUACUUCACACGAGAAAUCCACCGGAGCUGCACGAAAACUAAUUCGGACUUUGCUUCACAACUGCAGCUGCACGUGUUGGGUCCAAACGCGGCUUUUGCACGUAAAGUAUUACGGAAAUCAACAAGGAAACAUCCUGCAAAACAAGGAAGUCUGAAUGAACUUUGCUGCAGCUGCAUUGCUUAAUUGUGCUGCUCGCUCCUGCAGCUCCUGUUCUCCCGUCCUGCAUUGCUGAUAUUGAUUAUCUGUGACAGCGUCUGUGCGUGCAGUCGAUAUAUCGAUUGAUAUUCAAACGAAGCUGGGCUGCAAGCGUGCUAGAGCCAACGUGGAAAAGUAUUAAACAAGCGUUUCAGAGAUGAUUCCCGAAAAAGUACCAAAGGAAGACGUCUUCCACGGGUCUGAGGAGCUGAAGAAGGAAGCUCACAUCCCCAGCUUUGAGAAAUACAAGGAGCUUUACUUAAAGUCCAUAGAGAAUCCUGAUGAGUUUUGGGGCGACAUUGCUAAAGAUUUCUUCUGGAAGACCAAACACUCGGGUCCGUUCCUCGAAUACAACUUCGAUGUGACUAAAGGAGAAAUAUUCAUCAAGUUCAUGGAAGGAGCUUCAACCAACAUCUGCUACAAUCUGCUCGACCGCAACGUCCACGAGAGGAAGCUCGGAGAUAAAGUGGCCUUUUACUGGGAGGGCAACGAGCCGGGGGAUGAGCUGACGGUGACGUACAGAGAGCUGCUGCAGAGGGUCUGCCAGUUCGCCAACGUCCUGAAGUCUCAGGGAGUGAAGAAGGGCGACCGUGUCUCCAUCUACAUGCCCAUGGUGGUGGAGCUGGUGGUGGCCAUGUUGGCCUGCGUCCGCAUCGGAGCUGUUCACUCCAUCGUGUUUGCAGGUUUCUCAGCAGAGUCUCUGUGUGAGAGGAUCCUGGACUCGGAGUGUUCGCUGCUCAUCACAGCAGAUGGUUUCUACCGAGGAGAUAAGCUGAUCAACCUGAAGCUCAUAGCUAACGAAGCACUGCAGAAAUGCAGAGACAAGGGUUUCCCUAUACAGAAGUGUAUAAUGUUGAAGCACUUGUCUAAAGAAGCAGAAGAGACUCCUCUGGGCUCUCAGUCUCCUCCCGCCAAACGCUCCUGUCCUGAUCUGCAGCAGGAGAAACAGACAGGGAGGGUAAAGAAAACUCGUCCUGUUCCGCAGGUCCCGUGGAACCCCAAGGUGGACUUGUGUUGGCACGCUCUGGUACGUGGAGCUUCAGACGAGUGCGAACCAGAGUGGUGCAACUCUGAAGAUCCUCUCUUCAUCCUCUACACCAGCGGCUCAACCGGCAAACCCAAGGGAGUCCUCCACACCAUCAGUGGCUACAUGGUCUACACCGCCACCACCUUCAAACUGGUGUUCGACCACCAGCCUGACGACGUGUACUGGUGCACGGCAGACAUCGGCUGGAUCACCGGACACUCCUACAUCACCUACGGCCCGCUGGCCAACGGGGCCACCAGCGUCCUGUUCGAGGGCCUGCCUACUUACCCAGAUGUGAGCCGUAUGUGGGAGAUUGUGGACAAAUAUCAUGUUUCCAAGUUCUACACGGCUCCCACCGCCAUCAGGCUGCUGAUGAAGUACGGCAAAGAGCCGGUGCACAAGUAUAAGCGGGAAUCUCUGAAAGUCUUGGGGACGGUGGGAGAGCCGAUCAAUCCCGAGGCCUGGCAGUGGUACUACAACGUGGUGGGAGAGAAGAGAUGUCCCAUCGUGGACACUUUCUGGCAGACAGAAACUGGUGGACAUGUGUUGACUCCUCUCCCUGCAGCCACACCCAUGAAACCUGGAUCUGCUACAUUCCCGUUCUUCGGAGUGGUUCCGGCCAUCUUGAAUGAGUCUGGAGAGGAGCUGGAGGGACCGAGCGAAGGGUACCUGGUGUUCAAACAGCCGUGGCCCGGUGUGAUGAGGACGGUGUACGGGAACAAGCAGAGGUUUGAAACCGUGUACUUCAAGAAGUUUCCGGGAUAUUACGUCACAGGAGAUGGUUGCCGUAGAGAUGAGGAUGGGUACUAUUGGAUAACGGGGAGGAUAGACGACAUGCUGAAUGUCUCCGGUCACUUAUUGAGUACAGCGGAGGUGGAGUCGGCUCUGGUGGAGCACGAGGCCGUUGCCGAGGCUGCGGUGGUGGGCAGACCUCAUCCUGUGAAAGGAGAAAGCCUCUACUGCUUCGUAACUCUGACUGAUGGACUGACGUUCAACCGCACGCUGGAGGCCGACCUCAAAAGACAAGUGCGGGAGAAGAUCGGUGCCAUCGCUACACCAGACUUCAUCCAGAAUGCUCCAGGCCUCCCCAAGACCCGAUCAGGUAAGAUCAUGCGACGGGUGCUUCGCAAAAUCGCUUGUGACGAACGAGACCUGGGCGACAUCUCCACGCUGGCCGACUCCUCGGUGGUGGACCAGCUCUUCCAGAACAGAUGCUGCCCCAACGUGUGAGGACCUCCAGGAUCCUCGCAGUGAGGCUCAGAUAGCAGCCGCAUGCUAGCGGCCUCAAACCCAACCAGGAGAAGAAGAAGAGGAGGAAAAGGAGAACCUACAUGAACUUGGUCUUGUCCAACAAACAACCUUUAGCUCCUGAUAAGUAUGAGCGGUGUGCAGCAGAGCCUGUAUUUAACCCUAUUGUCCUUUUUAUUGUAAAUAAGCAGCAGGUAGAGACGCAGCAUCUGUUACUGGUGGAGGUUUCACUAUUCUGUAGAAUAAGUAAUCAUUUUUAAAGCAGCAGACAAAGGGUACAAAUUAAACCCGUCUGUAUGUUUAAACGUUUUCCAGAAGUUGACCGAUUUGCUGCUUUUUAAAAAAACUUAACAAGGCAGUGGUGUGUUCGAGGGCGAGAAGCCAGAGGCUGUUUGGUGAAAGACCGUCCUUCAGUCCAACGUGUGGAAGAGGUCGAGCAGGGAAACACUUACUUGUGUUUUAUCCCAGUGUUACGCCAAUAUAACAUAACAGUAUGUGCUCCUUUAAGAGAUAGUUCUUCUUUAUUGUUUAAGGUGCGGUUGUAUGAAGGACUUACCAGAAAUCAGUGUAGAACCUACUGCGGAUGUUAAGCCCCCAGUUUGGUGAAAGAAACAUAAAUAGCAGCAGCAGGUUAAGCUAUGUACUGCUGUGGAAGGGGCAGCAGCCAAACAUAUGAAUACAAUAUAAACAUUUGGACAACUUCGAAAAAAAUCUAUAUCAGCCUGAGUGUAUGCUAUAUUUAGUAUGUGUACAACUCUAUCCUGCUGUCUAUCCGUUAGUUUGUUUGUGUUAUUUUGUGACUAUGGUGUUUCUAAGGGUUGAUUUCAGAUUCACCAAAGUCACACAACAUCACAAACAACCCAACUGAUCAAGGCAGCAUUAGACCAUCAACCUUCUUGCUGUAUGAGGUAAAAUUACUUUUUUAGUUUGGAAGAGAGCCCAGAUAAUGGCUUUAAAACCCCGGCACAGCACUUUCUGACAGACGUGUUGCCUUACGCUUAAACUGGUAUUGAUGUAUUAAGGUGGCUAGAAUACGUUUAGCUGCUGCCCCUGCCGACAGCAGCCCUUAGCUUCUCUUCCUGCCGGUUCUUCUGUUUCUUUCACAAACUGGUAGUGUACCAUACGCCAUCUUCUGUGAGUUAUCCACUCAAUAUUGAUAAAUACCUCAAACAACCCUACUUUAACACUAUCUCUUUAAAGUGUUUUCACACUGAAAUAAGUGCUACCUGCUCUGUAGUUAAUACAACAAGUUAUCUCCCCUCGCUCGCUGCCAUAGAACUGUUAAGUAAACUGAUGAUUACGGUCAAUAUUUCUACUAGUUUUAAUUUCUAUUGUCAUUUUCUAAAAACAUGUAGUUUUGUGUCAUAUUUCUUUGGUUUUUGACAUAGGAUAUGUUGGGUUUGUGUGUCUGCACGCUGUAUUUUAUUUUACUUCUUCUAUUUGUUGAAGUUGCAGAGAAGUGCUUGGGCUAUUUCUUUUCAGUCUGGUGGAAAUUAGGAAAGUGUGUUCAGGGUCACGUAGCUCAGGACACCAAAUGCUCGGCUCCUCUCAAAAAAUCUGCAGGUCUAAUGUUAAAAAGGGAAAAAGGUGUCUUGAAUUUCCCAAUAACAUAACACAUUUGUUUGUGUUCUUAUGUUAACAAAUUGUAAUGUGUCUAAACUCUGUUUAAUUAUUAAAUAAGACUUCAAAUGAGGUACCAAAGUAAAUCCCAAACGGCUGGAGAUUAUGCAAGAGUAUGAUUUUAAUUUGGUAAUAUAAUCACCAACCAUUUUAGAAUUGACAGAAUAUGUGAUUUCCCGCAAUCUGUGGAUCAAGUCUGCAUCAUGAUAUGGUACCAUUCAAAGUCAAAUAUGACACGGUAAAGUCUGUUAAAUCAUAGCUAAUACUCAGUUAAGAAUAAAACAUCAGUGGUGUCUUUAUUCACAGAUUUGUUUAUUAAUUUGGCUGUUGAUGACAGAACAGAUUAUUUAAACUCUGUAUUCCAAAAAACAACAACCAACAUGUUAGUUUUCUUUCAUUACUUUGAUAGUGGCUCUCAACUCAAUGUCUCAUUGAUGGUUUGGAUCUUUUUAUGGGAUUUGUUGACAAUAGAAACACUUAAAAUAUCAGCAGACCUCCUCCAUCCUUCAAUAUGUUUUUAGAUGGAAGGGAGGAGAACAUGUUAUUGAUAUUUUAAGCAAAAGUCAACAUCUUUAACUGUAUUGUUCUUGUGCUGAGAGACUGAAGACAGAGCAUUAACACCAUAAAACUGAUCCAAAAUCUAAUAAUAAUCUAAAUAUUGAGCUCAUUUGAAAAUGUAAAUGUUUCCCCUCAUAUUUUCAUCUUUGAAGAGCUUGUGAUAUCAUUUGUAGGAGAUGAACCAAAAGCAGCUCAUCAGCUUUUCAUUACCUUUUGAAUUUGUUGACGUUUGUGUAUCAAUGUGCCAACCUAAGUAACAGUUGAGCUAGGUGUAUAAAGCUAAUAAUUGUAUUUAAUGUUCAAGAAAAAGUGCAGCUGCUUAUUUGAUUUAGAAGCGUUUUUAUUUUUGUUUGUAUAAUAAUUUCAGGUGAAGGGAUGAGAAUUUUGCCGUUUGUAUUUUUUUGUUUUUCUCUCUGUUCAUCCUCAUUUUUGAGUUGUUCCAUCUCUCUGUAUCAAAGUGUAUGCAAUGACAGUAAAUGGACAUGACUACUGCCUCUAAUCCUCUGUCACUGGCUGGUCUUUUAAAUAAAUAUUGAAGCCUAAUUCCUAACGUUGA